GGCCACGCUCCGCCACCCGCUGCCACCCGCGUCCCCAUGGCCAGACCCGCGAUGUUGGUGGGCGCCGCCCUGGCGCUGUGCCUGCUGCUGGCGCCCCCCUGCCUCGCAUGGUACAAGCAGGCCGCGGGGCCGGGCUAUUACUCCGUGGGCCGCGCCGCGGGGCUGCUGUCCGGCUUUCGCAGGUCGCCUUACACGCGGCGCUCAGAACCCCCCGUGGGCACCGGCCCCCUGAGCCGGGCCGGCGCCUUCCCCGACCUGCGCCCCAGCCUGCGGAGCCUCACCGUGUGCCUCGAGGACGUCACUCCCAACCUGCAGAGCUGCGAGCGGCUCCCCGACGGCCGAGUCACCUUCCAGUGCAAGGCGGACGUCUUCCUGUCCCUCCGCGCCACGGACUGUCACCGCACGUGAGCCCCGACCCGAGCCCGGACCUGCCUGGGCUCCCGGGGUCAGGAGCUGGCGCCCAGUACCACGCCCCGUCUUUUCAGUAAACGGCUUAAAAAAUAAA